AUCAGUUGUAAGUGUGAGGUAUUGCGUCUUAAGUAGAGCCCCGCAAUGACCUUUAUCCUCGGCACAAACUCACUUACAACAUCAUCAAGCACUUGGUUCUUCAACCAUUGAACCUCAUAUACAUUAUCUUCGAAAUGGCAACCGAGGCUACUGUUCGUAAAUUCUUUGCAUCAUCCGCUUAUGCUGUGGCGGGUGCCAGCUCUAACCCUGCCAAGUUCGGACAUCGCGUCUUUGCCUGGUAUCUCCACCAUGACUUACCAGUAACUCCCAUCAACCCGGGCUCAGAGACCAUCAACGCUCUGAACAAGGACCACCCUACUGUUCCUAACGUGACCGCUCUUUCAAACCCUACGCAGACAUCUCUGUCAGUCAUUACUCCACCAGCAGCGACCCUAAAGGUGCUUCAAGAAGCAAAGGAGAAGGGCAUUCCGUCGGUGUGGCUGCAGCCUGGAAGUUUUGAUGAUGCAGUUCUCAAGUUUGCUAACGCUCCUGGGACAUUUGAAGCUGUUGUUGCUGGUGAUGGUGGCCGAGGCCAUGAGGGAUGGUGUAUCUUGGUUGAUGGUGAGCGAGGACUCAAGGCUGCUGGCAAGCUGUGAUCUAUCAAUGUACAGGGUUUCAAGUCAGAAUUGACGAGUCAGAUUAUAUGAGAUUAAGUUGUGAUUCAGCUUUGCGUUUUUGUGAUUGAUGGCAGUCCUAGGAGAUAUAGCGUUGAGCCAAUUGAUAAUAAUAGAUACUUAGGAAUAUCUCGGAAUAGACAGUUAACUAACCCC